AUUUUAUUUCUCCCUUUUGCAUCAACUGAUUAGAAAAUAUUGGGUCAAUUUUUCAAUCUUUAAUUCAUCGGCCUUGCUUCUCGUUUCAAAAAAAUUAUCCUUGCAAUUUUGUUUCUUUCUUUUUCAAAGCUAUUUUCGUUACCAAUACUUUUUUGUUACCAACUCCCAAAAAACUCAUAUUCCCUCCUAUCUUCUCGAUCAUUAUUAAUUUAUAAACAUACACACACAAAACAACUAAUUUCAGACAAUGACGGCUCUCAGCGAGGUAUCACUCGGAGUGAUUCUACUUAUAAUCGGCGGAUUCUGUACGGGUAUCCAAGGCCCUAUGAACGGACGCCUAGCAAUGUCGACCUCCGGUUCCUUCGCAUCCUUUCUCACCUUCAUCAUUGGAUUCUGGCCUCUCCUCAUAUACUUCCUGGCAGACACCAAGGGAGGCAAAACCAUAGACUGGCCAACGGCAACGAGAAACACCCCCGGAUAUGCCUGGUUGGGAGGAGUAUUUGGUAUCAUCUUUGUUCUGAUCGUUGCUGUGGUUAUUCAUCGUCGGGGCGCGGCCAUCACUAAUGGAAUUAUUGUCGUUACUCAACUUAUUGUUAGCGUUAUUAUUGAUCAGUAUGGCGCUUUUGAUAACGAACAGAGGGAGUGCACGGGGCUGAGAGGCGGUGGAUUGGCGUGUAUGAUUGUUGGAAUUGCUCUGGUUACUCUGUAUUAAGCAUGAGGUGGUAAAGAUGGGGGAAUAGGAUGAAAUGGGCUGCUUUUGCUUAUAUUGCUUCAAUACACAAUUUUUUAUUGUUCACUUUAUAUACUGCUUACACUAGAU